AGAGCCUUUAGACUCUAAUGUGUUGUAGUUUUCUAUCUGUUGAGUUUCUGGAAGCUCUAUUACUACAUUAGAGCCUUCAGACUCUAAUGUGUUGUAGCUUUCUAUCUGUUGGUUUUCUGGAAGCUGUAUUAUUACAUUAGAGCUUGAAUCACUCUCUGAUGGCCGGGCCUGGUUGGUACUGAUGCACGUAGUGUUAUCAUAUUAUUUAAAUUUUGCAGUUUAGUGUUAUUAUAUUUUCCUAAAGCCGCCUGAUAUAAAAUAUUAUGAAUUAAAUGUUUAACGUGUAUCUGGGCUGUAUGAGACAGUUUUCUUAUUUCAUUUCCAACAUACUCUCCAAACACAGAUGACUCGUCUCUUUUGGUUGAGGCUUUUAAUAUAUCGUAAGCUUCAUCAGCUCUUCUUUCGAUUUCUGACUUGUUACAGAAUCGUUUCUUUUUAUGUGAAAAAUCUGUGCAACUGUUUGGAGUUCCUUCGUUUGUACCUUCGUUUGUACUACAGCUGUCAUUCUUGGCAAUAUCUUCUAUGGAGUGAUCAGUUGAGUUUUCAGCGUCCUCAGCAAUAUCAUUCUGAAAAGUAAAUAAACUGGUUAUAUGAAUUUGAAAGUAAAAUCACAAAUUUUUUUCCAGUGUCCUGCAAAUGAAGAAGAAUGGAAAAGAAUAGCUCAAAAUUUUGAAGUAAAGUGGAAUUUUCCUCAUUGCGUUGGAGCAAUAGACGGAAAGCAUAUUGUCAUGCAAGCUCCUGCUAACAGUGGAAGUCAAUAUUAUAAUUAUAAACAUACGUUUAGCAUUGUUUUGAUGGCAGUUGUUGAUGCCAAUUACAAUUUUAUAUAUGCACAUGUAGGUUGCCAGGGCAGAAUUUCUGAUGGAGGCGUUUUCAAGAAUACAGAGUUUUAUAAACUGCUAAAUAAAAACAAACUGAAUUUGCCAAGCCCCGUAGAAUUGCAGGGUAGAUCCAUUAAAUCUCCAUUUAUCUUUGUUGGAGAUGAAGCUUUCCCUCUAAGAACAGAUUUACUGAAGCCGUAUUCUGGCCAGUUAGGACGAUCACCAGAAAGAAUAUUCAACUACAGGCUUUCAAGAGCUCGAAGAAUUUCUGAAAACGCCUUUGGUAUCUUAUCAGCAUCAUUUCGCAUUUUUAGAAAACCAAUUAAUCUAAAUAUAGAAAAUACGCAAGCUGUCACAACGGCCUGCAUUUAUUUGUAUAAUUUUAUGAGAAAAAAACCAUCAUCAGGGUUAUUGAGCUUUGGAAGUGUUGAUGUCGAUGAUCCCAUGACUGGAAAUGUUUCGCAAGGUAAAUGGCGAGUAAUGUCAGAGAAUGACAAGGGAAUGGUUAACCUUCCCAGACGACCAAUAAGACCUAGUCAAGCGGCCUGGGAUGUCAGGGAAGAAUUUAAAAACUAUUUCAUGACACCUGAGGGGAGAAUAGAAUGGCAGGAAAGCUAUGCAUAAGUGUGCUUUUUUACAAAUCAUAUAAUAAUAAAAUCAUAUUUGUAAAAUCAUAAAA